UAGAAGUUUAGAUUCAUCGGCCUCGAGGUCUGAUAUUCAUCGGACUCAAACGAACUCGGACAUUCUCGAAGACCUCCCUCCUGAACUGCAAACUAGGCUGCACACUGCGAUCUUGUCGAAGAUGGCCGCCACGAACGCCAGCACCGUUUUCACGUACAUGUACGAUCCCCAGUCAUGGACUUUUGGGACAACCAGUUUGAUCGUCGCAGUGGUGGCUGUUGUGUCAAUCCGCGUGCUCACUAUCGGGAUGGAAAGGAGGAAGUACAAUAUGCCACCGGGUCCUCGAUCCUAUCCGCUGAUAAAGAAUAUGCUCGAGAUGAAAGGGGUGGAAAUGCACGAGACAUGGUGGAGCUUGUCGCAGACUAACAAGUGGCCCGUUAUGAGCUUCGGAUUCAUCGGUAAGCCAACUAUCAUCGUGAGCUCUCCAGAGGCAACGAAGGAGAUGCUUGUCACGAAGGGUACCAUCUUCAAUUCACGGGACAAGGAUACUUACGCCAGCCUGGGCCUGACGAUGAGCCCCGAUGGUAAGUCCGAGAUGGGAGCUCUUUUCACGCCUCACGGUCCUUCAUGGAAGAUAACCAGGAAAAUCAUGGUGGCAGGACAGAACGAGUUCAAGAAGAUUAUGGGGGACGAUUACGUCGUGAACGUUCUUCUGCCACAACUGUACGCGGAAAUUGACAACGAAGUUGCGAUCGAUGCUCGCACUCGAGUCGCCAAAAUGAUGGUAAUGAGGAUAUUGCUGGUGUUCGUCUUCGGGCCCGGAGCUGAGCAGUACGCCAAUAUGCUUGUUCCUCUGAACGAUGAGCUCUUCCGUGUCGUGGACAUCAACAACAGGAUAGAGUUCUUUCUCCCGCCUAUUGCGAAGCCGGUGUCCUGGGUUUAUUAUAGGCUGUUCCAGAAGGGUCUCGUCGCAAAAAAGCACAAGGCUUACGAAGAAAUCCUCUCUCAACGGGGCAUAAGGUAUAAUUUGAAGAACGAGUGGUCUCUGAGUGACAUGGUUCAAGAAUAUGAGAGGAAUGGCGAGAUCAACCACCAUCAAGCACUCCAGAUAUACGAGGAGUGCUUCUUCGGCGGCCAAGACACGACGGCUGGCGCAGUCGAAGGGAUUCUGAAAAUGAUAGUCGAAAAUCCGAAAGUUCUCGUGAAGGUGCAGCAAGAGAUGGACGAGGUGCUGGGUGAAGGAGAGCAGUUCAGACUCACUGACGUGGAGAGGCUGCCAUACUUUCAAGCACUGAUCAAGGAGGGCCUGCGGCUUCACCGAGCUAUCCCCGUGCUGAAUCCUCACUGCGCACAUGAGGACUCAACUCUCGGAGGCUACGACAUCCCGAAAGAUACACUGGUGACGGUGAACAUUUGGGGUCUAGCUCGAGACCCGGAAGCUUUCCCCGAUCCUUAUGAGGUGAAACCCGAGAGAUUUCUCGGUGUAGAUACGAACUAUAGCGGGACGGACGGCAAGUACAUUGUCUUCGGCCUUGGGCAGCGCAUCUGCCCAGGUCAAAGUGUGGCUCUGUUCAUGGUGAACAUGCUGAUCGGAAGCCUGUGCCAACGGUACAAGUUGGCUCUAGCAAAGGACUGGAAGCAUGAACGUGACGCGGGUACCUUCUUCAAGGAGGUCGCUCUGCACCUGAAUUUGAUGAGACGGGUUGAUUCUCACGAAAUUGCUGGAUAGAAGGUCUCAAAGGCAGAAAAUUAAUCUGAAUAAUUUGUUAGAAUGGUUUUACUGGGAGCGGACCUACUGGUGCUGAAGGUGAUGAAGGGUUCGGUGGUCAUCGAGGCGUUGUGAUAUGGCAACAUGGCAAUUUAUGAACAUUAGUGAGGAGAACUCUCGAGGCAUUGCUUGGCUCUUCUAGGAGCGGAGUCGAUCUCGACAGGUCUCAACAAGCCCCGUGAUUGUAUGUUAGUGAACUUAAACUCAAUCGUUCGAAAAUUCUCGUAAAAUCCGAAUGGUCAGUUUCGGUUGGAAAUUUAUGUCUAUUUUAUUUAAGUUUAUUAUCACAAGCAUGUUGAAAUCCAUAGAAUUACAAAACUAGGUAAACAAUACCUAGUUUUGCAAUGUCUAUGUAAAUAUAUGUGAAGUACAUAUAUCUGACAUGUGACAUCACCAAAUCCUUGAGGCGAUUAAGGGUUGGGUGGUCAUCGAGGCGUUGUGAUUGGCAACUUUUAAAAACAUUAGAGAGGAUUACUCUUGAGGCAUUGCUUGGCUCUUCUUGGAGUGGAAUCGAUCUGGAUAGCUCUUAGCAUGUUACGUGAUUUUUAUGUUGGUUCUAGUAAGGGCAAUUCAACACUACAUUCGGAUUAGA